CAAAGAUGCACAAAUCAGAUCGCUCUUAUUUAACAUUCAAUCUUUCAUAGAGAAGCCCUUCAAACAAAGACUGAAAGAGAGUAGACGAAAUGGCUAGCCAGUUGGCAAUUCAUCGGUUGAACAAGUUUCUCAGGGAGAAGGAAGAAUUGGAUGCAGUCGCUGCUGCCAAAAUUGACAAGCUAAUUGCGGAGUUGCAAAGGCCUGGUAAUCAUCAUUUCGAUCCAGUUCAAAGGAUCAUAGAUGGCUUCAUGGACUUCAAGAUCCACAAAUUCGACAAAUGCCCAUAUCUGUUCGACCAGCUUGCCUUAGGACAAUGGCCCAAAUUUCUGGUGUUUGGAUGCUCAGACUCUCGAGUGAGCCCCUCUAUUAUCCUUAACUUCAAACCUGGGGAGGCCUUCAUGGUCCGCAACAUUGCUAGCUUGGUUCCUGCAUUUGACCAGCUAAGAUACUCAGGAACGGGAGCAAUCAUAGAAUAUGCUGUUACCCAUCUUCAUGUGGAGAACAUUUUGGUUAUUGGGCAUAGUAGCUGUGGUGGGAUAAAGAGGCUUAUGGAGCAUCCAGAAGAUGGCAGUGUUCCCUUUGACUUCAUAGAUGACUGGGUUAACAUUGCCGUAGAGGCCAAGAAUAAAGUUAAAGCACAAGGAAAAGGGAAUGAUGCUUGUGCUAGGGAAGCUGUCAAUGUCUCUCUAGAAAACCUGCUAACUUAUCCUUACGUUCGGAAGGCGUCAUCGGAAAGGAAGCUAGCAGUUAGAGGUGGUUACUACGACUUCGUUAAUGGUGUUUUCGAGCUGUGGGAGAAACACGACUCUCACAUUUCACCCCCCAUGAUCAUACCGUCACAUCCUAUUAAUAGUACUUAACGUACUAUGCUAUGUACGCGUACUUUUGAUUUUUGAAGUCCAAUUAUGUGUGUAUCUGUAUCUUUGAAUUGAAUAAGUGACGCUAAUAUAAAGCAAAUGAACGUACUACUAGCUAGGGCUAGUGGUACUGGUUCAUAGUUAUGUAUGUUAUAUUAUCAAAUUUUCUGGCCAAUGUUCAUGUAAUGUUGCUUGCGGUUGAACUACUGGAAUUUUAAUUUCAA